GUCUACGUGGUGAGGAGUGGAAUCAUCCUGAUUGUGCACCUAUCACCAUGGUUGAGACCCGUACUGGGUGAGAGACUAAUCCCUAUAGUCAGGASCAGCAAGAAAAGAUGGCCGCCUUAGUCAGAGAGAACAGGGAGAGGAAAAAGCGUGAGAAGCAAGCGAAGCUAAAGGCUAUCGCAGACGAACAGGCGGCGAAGAUGAAGAGAUUGGAGGAGGAGAUGAAGAAAGUACAACAAGAGGAGGAAGAAAGAAGAAAAGCUGCUGAAGCCGAAGCGGCAGCAGAAGAAGAGAAAGAGAGGAUGAGGAUUGAGAGUGGAGAAGGGAGUAGUGGUGGCACGAUGAAGUGGGAGGCAGAUACUGAGCUGGAGAAGAAGAUCAGCGAGUGGGUCGCUAAUUUAUCGUUGGGGGAAGACGAGGAGGCGGAGUCAUAUGUGACUAAGGAUGAGAAGGCUGCGUUGGCCGCUGAGCUAGCAGCCAUGACAGACCCGAUGGAACGAAGAGAGAGGAAAGACGAGCAAAAGUUAGCAUGGAAGUUGAGAAUGAAGAGGGAGAAGAAGAGGAGGAAAGAGGAAGUGAAUAAGAUGACCGCAGCAGUGGCAAAGGUGCAGGAGUGUAGAGCGGAGGAUGUAGCGUUGAGUGCCAUGUGGUCCGGGUUCAGGGAUUUUGCGCGCGAAAUCGUCACCCACAUUGGGGGCGAAGUCAAGCAAUUGAGAGAUAAUGUAGGGAAGUUUUGUGAGGGCGCCAUUCAGGGUGCCAAAGCUGUAGCCGCUGUAUGGGGAGAGGCCAAACCCCGUAAGGACCCACUGAAACUCAAGUUCCCAGAUGCGUACGGGGGAAAGAAGGAAGAGAACUUUGACAAYUGGGAAGCCAAUGUCAACAGUUAUAUUUACUUGCAACAUAUCCUAACAGAGAAGCAAGUCCUCGUGGCCUUCCAGGCCCUGAAGGACGAAGCGGCUAGCUUCRCCAGGUCWCUCGCGCGUACAGCCGGUUGUGAAAACAACCUGGUUGCAUAUUCCAAAGUCACUCCUYUUUCCCAAUUCCUCAAGCUCCUCAAGGAGCGGUUCGCUGACCCAACGCGAGGCAUUAGAGCCUCCGAUAAGCUCCAAACGAUCCACUCCCGACAGUGGAGGAGUGCCAAGGCACUCAAGGGUACCAUGGACGACUUGGUAGCCGUCCCGGACCACGGGGUCACUGAGCCCCAGCUGGUCCAGUUGUUUUAUCGUGCCAUUCAAGAGGCCCUAUGCGGGCAUUUCUUUGACAAAUCUCAGCAGCCCGGCAUGACUUACGAUGUAUUGAGUAGAGAAGUUGUCCUGUAUGAGUCGAAGUCUAUGCCAAUUACCACUUUCUGGCAUAAGGACUUGGAGAAGGGGAAGAAGUGGAAAGAUCGUACCAUCUCGGGAAUUUCUUUUGCCCGAAAUCGUCUCUAUGAUAAACCAAUGACUUUGAUAGGCCAAGUCAAGGCCAAGGAUCACUUGAUCCUGACAUUAGAGGAGGGUGGUACAGAAGAGGUCCCAUAUGAUCAGAUUGAGUGGGGCCUAGGGGAGGAGUACAGUUGUGUAGGGCAGGGGAGGUCUUACGCUGUUGUCGCAGCUAGAGGGAGGCCGCAAGGUAGAGGAGGAGGCCAGGGCCAAAGGGGCCAGGCCAUGGGAGGCCGAGGACCGGGCGCACAGGGGGUUGGCGGACAGGGAAACCGCCAAGCGGGAGGUGUGGCAAAAGAAUUAAAGGAGAGGAUGCCAGCCAGGGCCAAAAUGAAGAAGGAGAGUAAAGGACAACUGAUUUUGGUAGAUGUAGAGGUGUUUAGGAGUAGGGUAGGGGCCCUUAUAGACUCAGGGGCUACCUGUAGUUAUAUCAGCCGUAGGGCGCUGAAGAAGCUGAGGCGAGGACUAAAGGUUCAAAAGUUAAUAGACCCUAUAGUCAGUGUUCUCGCAGACAACCGCACAAUGCGCGUUGAGGACUAUGUAGAGGGAGUCCAGGCGUACUUUCGCCUAGAGAAGGAUGGGAAGGUGGAGAAAGUUCUCCAUUCCCUAACUCUCCUCGUACAAGAUGACCUUCCUUUCGAUGUAGUGUUAGGAAUGGAUUGGGGAGAGGUAGCGGGGGCCACACUCCAUCUGAGAGAUCAUGAGUGUAGGCUCCCUGGUCGGUCAGGCGAAGUGAAGACUGCUCGCUUGUUCCAUGCGUCCGGUGUAGAUAACACCUUGGCGCAUUGCUGUCUCAGUGCUCCCGCGUUCGCGCGAUUAGUAAGAAAGGAGAAGUUAGAGGAACAGGUCUUUGUGGUGUAUGUUAGACCUGUCACUGAGGGCCAGAAGAAGGAUAACUUCACAGACCCAACAAUUGCCAAGCUGCUGGAGGAGUUCAAAGAUUUGACUGAGUCGCCGACAGGAGUAGUGCCGCGAUCCAUCCAGCAUAGGAUAGAGAUAGAGCCUGGCAGUAGAACACCUAAGGGUGCAGUCUACAGGAUGUCCCCUAGACAGUUAGAGGAGUUUCGCAAGCAGUUAGACGAACUCCUUGAGAAAGGGUGGAUCAGGCCCAGUUCGUCUCCUUUUGGAGCACCCAUUUUGUUUGUCCCCAAGAAGGAAGGAGAGCUGAGAAUGUGUAUAGACUAUAGGGGAUUAAAUGCGAUCAUCGUGAAGAAUGUUGAGCCGCUGCCCAGGAUAGACGAUCUUUUAGAUCGGGUGCAGGGUUGUGAGCCGGUGAAAAUGUCACCGGAGAUAGAGGGAGUAGUCGCUAAGUACCCUGAUCUAUUUGAAGAGCCGACAGGGGUUGUUGAGAGGGAGGUCGUCCACGCGAUAGAGAAUAUCCCAGGGUCUAGCAUCCCAAAGGGUAGGAUCUAUCGGAUGUCUCCAGGCGAGCUUGAUGAGCUUCGCCGACAACUCAAGGAACUCAUAGAAAAGGGUUGGAUCCGGCCGAGUGUUUCUCCUUAUGGGUCUCCAGUCCUAUUUGUACCCAAGAAGAAGGAAGGAACACUUAGGAUGUGCAUUGACUACAGGGGCCUCAAUGCCAUCACUGUCAAGAACAGAGAGCCCCUACCGCGCAUCGAUGAUCUGUUAGAUAGAGUGCAAGGGUGUCGGUACUUCAGUAAAAUAAAUUUGAAGUCCGGGUACCAUCAGAUUGCAAUCCGGCCCGAGGAUCAACACAAAACCGCUUUUCAGACCAGGUACGGUCUGUACGAGUUUGUGAUGAUGCCUUUUGGCCUUUGCAAUGCUCCUGGCACCUUUCAACACGCUAUGAAUCGGAUAUUUCAUGACUACUUGGAUAAGUUUGUCAUCGUGUACCUCGAUGACAUACUUAUUUUUAGUAAAACUGUCGAGGAGCACGUUGUGCAUUUGGACAAAGUCCUUAGUCUGCUGCGACAGCACACGUUCAAGAUUAAUGGUGAGAAGUGCGAGUUUGGCCGCACCCGUGUUUUGUACUUGGGUCAUGAGAUUUCCGCGGAGGGAUUAAAGCCCGAUGACGCGAAGGUGGCCAGCAUUCGUGCGCUGAUCACUGAGUUCAAUCUUACGGACGAUGUUACUCGCUCUUUGGUGGAAGCCUAUCGUGAGGACCAAUUCAUGUUUGAGAUCGUACGCAGACUUGAGGCGAAGGAUAAGAAGACUUCUGCCGAGUUUGAGAUGGUCAACGGCUUGCUGUUCCUAGAGAAGGCAGGGAAUAAACGAUUGUGUGUCCCGAAUAGAGAGUCUUUGCGUACUUUAUUUUUAGGUGAGUGUCAUGAUGCCACCGGCCAUUUUGGCUAUAAAAAGACAGCAACCAAUCUGCUGCAGCGGUUCUGGUGGCCCACGAUGAUGCGAGAUGCCCAGCUGUAUGUGGAGACUUGUCAGGUCUGUCAGAGGGACAAGCCACGUACUCAAGCUCCUCUUGGUCUCCUGAAGCUUCUUCCAAUUCCAGAAAGGCCUGGUGAAAGUUUGUCCAUGGACUUCAUGGAUAAGCUGGUAACCAGCAAGAGCGGGAUGAGACAUAUCUUCGUCAUCGUGGAUAAAUUUAGUAAGUAUGCUAGGUUGAUAGCCAUAGAGACUACAAAGACCGAGCACGUAAUCAGACUCUUCAAGGAAAACUGGGUUAGGGAUUUUGGUCUGCCGAAGUCCAUCGUGAGUGACAGGGAUGUCCGAUUCACCAGUGAGUUGUGGAAGGCCACUGCUGCUGAACAGGGAACACAGUUGCAGAUGACCUUUGGGAAUCACCCAGAGGCCAAUGGCCAAGCCGAGCAACUGAACCGCGUUGUACAACACCUGCUGCGGCAUUACAUCAAGCCCAAUCAGGUGGACUGGGAUGAGACUUUUGCUCUCAUCGCCAGCCUAUACGACUUCAUGCAAGGCACUCUAGACCAGAUCCUGGAUGUUUUGACAAGGCCAGGAUUCAGGCCACCAGCACAAUCGCCGUUGCCGUUAUCGGCGAUGACAGGCCCCUUUCUAGUUCAAGCUGGUACACAGCGAAGUGGUACGUCUGCAGCAAUCGCACAGAUUGUUGCAUCUUCUUCUUCGGGUCCAGUGGUGGGAGCUACACCACCGCAACAACCUGUUCAACAAUCUGGACAGCCGCAGGGUCAAUGGUAUCCUAAGACCCCAAUGAAACCGCCUCUUGCCUUCUCAGGCGAGAGAAAGGACGAAGAACUCAACACAUGGUUGAGGACCGUCCCGGUUUGGGUGAAGGCAAAGAGGACCUUGCCUGAGGAUGAAGUGGUAAUUGCUGCAUCUUACCUCGAAGGUAAGGCAGCCAAAUGGCUAGAUGGUGUAGUUGUGAAGGCAGGGUACGGGCGACGCAUGGAGGACUGGGCUAAGUCAUUAACGUUAGACCAGUUCAUGGAAAUGGUAGAAGCUCGAUGGCAUAAUCCACAGGAGGCACAAAGAGUCACUAAUGCGAUUAACAAACUGGACCAACGAAAGUUCAAGUCGGUCAGAGACCUUACGACUACCGUCGAGAGCCUGAUCCUCGUCCCUGGCAUCAACUAUAGUGACCAGUUCCUGUUAACAACCUUUGUUAGAUGUCUUCCUGAGAACAUCAGGAACUUGCUGGCCAGCGAGGCACGCCUCGAGUACCAUUCAUUUGAGACAUUGUCUAGGAAAGCCUUAGAUUUAGAGGCCACACUAGGCAAUGCUCAACCCACUCAGAACGACACGAAGAAGAAGAAGAGUCCUCAGGAGUGGAAGAAGAAGGGGGCUAAGUUGAUGAUGGUGGAGUCCGAUGGGACCCAAACUGAAAUCGACGAGCUCACUGACCUGAUGGACUAUACAGAGUUUGACGGCGAGGAGGUAGCUGAGGGUAACACCCUCGCCGCGGUAGUUAAGACUAAGGCAGGUGGCCGAGGGAAGGGCCAACCUAGGAGUCAAGGGAAGGCCGCCUCCAAUCAGUCCAAAGUGGUUGAAUGGGUAAAGGCAGGUCUUGAUCAAGACGUGUGGCGUGACCGCCGAGUGCGUGGCGCUUGUAUCAAUUGCGGGGAAUACGGACACUCGCAGUACAAGAGCCAGAAUGCAAAGCUUAAGGAGCUGACAGAAAAGGGAUGGAUUCGGCCUAGUACUUCCCCUUACGGAUCUCCCGUGCUAUUCGUACCGAAGAAGGGGGGUAAAUUGAGGAUGUGCAUUGACUAUAGAGGCCUCAAUGCCAUCACUGUGAAGAACGCAGAGCCUCUACCUCGCAUAGACGACCUAUUGGAUAGGGUGCAGGGAUGCAAGUACUAUAGCAAGAUAGACUUGAAAUUCGGCUAUUAUCAGAUCGCUAUAAGGCCAGAGGACCAACACAAGACAGCUUUUCAGACUCGUUACGGUCUGUAUGAGUUUGUAGUGAUGCCUUUUGGUCUUUGUAACGCGCCAGGAACAUUUCAGCACGCUAUGAAUCGGAUCUUCCAUGACCAUUUAGAUAAGUUUACCGUGGUCUCCCUAGACGACAUAGAGAUGUUUAGUAAGUCUGCCGAGGAGCACGCACAGCAUAUUGAGACAGUUCUCUCACUCCUGCGACAGCACAAGUAUAAGGUCAACUUAGAGAAGUGUGAGUUUGGUCGCACUAAGAUACUAUACUUGGGUCAUGRAGUAUCCGCGGAAGGGAUUAGGCCGGAAGAUGCGAAGGUGGCUAGUGUUCGAGACUGCCCACGACCUAAAACAGUCACUGAGGUCAGAUCAUUCUUAGGAAUGUGCGGCUACUAUAGGAACUUCGUAAAGAACUAUUCUACAAUCACCUCUCCAUUGACUGAUCUAACUCGACUUGACACACCGUGGGACUGGAGUGAUGAGUGCGAGGGUGCUUUCAAGAGAUUGAAGCAUGCACUCAUGAAUCAUGAGGUCCUCAUGGUUCCCGAUCCUCAGAAGCCAUUCAUAGUGACCACUGACGCAAGCCAAUACGGCAUAGGCGCAGUGCUGGCUCAGCAGGAUGGGAAAAAGUUGAGACUGACUGAGUAUAUGAGCAAGAAGAUGCCAUCGAAGAAGUUGGCAAAGUCCACCUACGAAAGGGAACUCUAUGCUUUAUACAAAGCACUUGUCCAUUGGAGACACUUCCUAUUGGGAAGGUUCUUCUACUUGAGGACUGAUCAUCAGACCCUCAAAUGGAUCAAGACUCAACCGGCUCUUUCUAACGCACUCAAGCGAUGGAUUGAGGUCAUAGACCAAUAUGACUUCAAGAUUGAGUAUCUGAAGGGAGAGUAUAACAAGGUUGCUGAUGCGCUAUCACGUAGAGCAAACUACCUAGGUGCGCUAGUUUCUGACUUUGGCGUAUCUGAAGAAGUAACUCAAUCAUUGGUGGGAGCCUAUCAGGAAGACCCUAUCACAAUGGACAUCAUGCGCAAACUUCAGGCUAAAGACAAGGCCACAGAAAGUGAGUUUGUGAUAGUGGACGGGUUACUCUAUCUCGAUAAGGCCGGAAUAAAAAGAUUAGUAGUUCCAUCUAGUGAGCGAUUGCGUAGUUUGUUUUUAGGCGAAUGCCAUGACGCAACUGGGCAAUUUGGCUACAAGAAGACGAGUGCUAACCUAGUACAGCGAUUUUGGUGGCCAGGAAUGUUCGAUGACGCAAAGAAGUACGUAGAGACCUGUCAGGUCUGUCAGCGGGACAAGCCGCGAACUCAAGCACCGCUUGGGUUAUUGAAGCCGUUACCUAUUCCUGAUGGUCCAGGAUUGAGUGUUUCCAUGGAUUUCAUGGACACUCUUGUGACCAGCAAGAGUGGUAAGAGGCACAUUUUCGUCAUCAUUGACCGAUUCACCAAGUACGCUAGACUAGUGGCUAUGCCAGAGACCGCAAGAACCGACUAUGUCAUCAAGUUGUUCAAAGACAACUGGGUGCGUGACUUUGGUUUACCAAAAUCAAUCGUUAGUGACCGAGAUGUCCGAUUCACAAGUGAGUCGUGGAAGAAGACUGCAAAACAGAUGGGCAAUUAACUUCAGAUGACUUCAGGGAAUCAUCCCGAAGCCAACGGACAAGCCGAGCAAAUGAACAGAGUUGUACAGCACUUGCUGAGGCAUUACAUCAAGCCCAGUCAGGAUGAUUGGGAUGAGCAGUUACCUCUCAUCGCCAGCCUGUACAACAAUGUUGUCCACAGCAGUACCGGCGUUAGUCCUAAUCAACUUCACUUGGGAUGGAAGCCUAGAUCAGCAUUAGACUUCCUCCAACCAAUCAAGGUUGUCAAUGCAAAGCUAUAGUAAAGGUGCACGGGGUCU